CAGGACAUCGACAGUCUUGAUUGAGCCACGCCUCGUUUUUUGGUGCUAGCUAGCUAGCUAUAUAGCUAGCUACUAGAGGAUCGAGUGGGUGUGGAAGCUAGGACACGCAUGCGCAGAACGAGCGAAGACGCAUCGGUCGGUCGCGACGGUCACACGGUCUGCUAAAGCCUAAAGGCAAGUCGAGGCAGCCUCCAGUCCCCUGGAGGAGAUCAUGACACAGGUGGUGAACACGGCCGAAUGGGCCGGUGAAGACUCCACUGAGCUGGACCUGGACGUGCCCGAGAACAGCACGGAGGAGGACGACAAGCUGCGGGAAUACUGGGCCAAGAAGGAGCGGCGGCGAUCCAGCUUCCUCAAAGACUUCGUGGGAGACUCGCUGGGGCUCAAGGAGAACCAACGGAUCUUAAUGCACCUCACGAAAUUCGGAGAGAGCACCGUUCUAUUCUCGGAUGUGGUGAUGAAGGUCAAUCGACGUGGACGUCUGCAAGAGCGCUGGCUUAUGAUCACUGAAGGGGGAGUAUACAACAUUGAGCCUGGCUCCUUGAAAAUUCGACGGAGAAUCGCCAUUGGGAACAUCAGUCACAUCAGCGUCAGCCUAUUGUCGGACAAUUUCCUCGUCAUCCACGUGCCUCAGGAGUAUGACUAUCUGUAUGCCAGUGGGAGGAAGACAGAGAUAGUUGCUGCUCUUCGCCUCUCAUACUCGGAAGCCAUCGGAGAAGAACUGAGCCUGACUAUGCAGAAUGUCAUUGAUUACCACAUAGACAAAUUUCAACAGAGAAGAUUAGUGUUUCAAAGAGGAGAAGAAGGAGUGUUUACAAAGAUGUACGCCAAAAGAACUAAAUAGCUCAUUAUGUUUACUACCCGUCAAAAUCUAUACAGUGUUGCGCUUUUUAAAGAAAAUUUCAAGUGUCAGAAAAUGAUAUAGCAAUGUUACACACAAGAGAUGAAAGCAAAGAGCAGUCAGUGAGGAGAAAUACAUACAACCAUAUAGCAUGAAGAGAAAAAGAUGGUGCUUGCUAGUGUGGGCAUGGCUUGGUUUUUUCCGUGCCAAAGAAUUGCACACUUCAUCCAGGCCACAGCAUACACAACAAUGGGGACAAUACAUUACAUAAUGGUGACGUCAUAGAUUUAAUUUGGUGUACGUAGGUAAAUGGGUGGGAUAAAUAUAUACAAUAUACAUCAGAUGAUCCCUGCAUCUCUGAGGUGUUCUGAAAUUAUAAUGUCUGUCAC